AUGGAUGAAGUAAGAAUUGUUCUGUUGGGUAAGCAAGGAGCAGGAAAGAGUUCCUCAGGAAACACUCUUCUGGGUCAAAACCUGUUCAAGACUGCAGCCCACACAGAUCGAGUUACCCAGACCUGUUCAGAGAAAACAUCCACUGUGGACAACCAAAGCAUCACGGUGGUUGAUACACCUGGAUGGCCUGAUUCUUUAUCUGAGACUGAAAUCAAGGAGGAGAUCAUGAAAUGCAUUGACAUGUGCAGUCCUGGACCUCAUGUGUUUCUCCUGGUGUUACCCAUCGGCAGGUUUACCAAUGAAGAGAUAAACACAGUCAGUGAUAUACUGAAAGAAUUUGGGAAUGAAGCUUUUAAACACACGAUAUUGCUGUUUACUAGAGGAGAUGAUCUGGAGGAAAAGUCCAUUGAAGACUACCUGGAAAACACACACCAAGACUUAAAGAAUAUACUUGAGAAAUGCUUAGGAGGAUACCAUGUGUUCAACAACAGAGACAAAAGCAAUCAAAGUCAAGUCUCUUCUCUACUGCAAAAGAUCAAUCACAUGGUGGAUAAAAAUAAUAAAAGAUGUUAUACAAAGAUUAUGGAUCAAAAUGUCAAACACCAACAGAAAGAAGAUGAGGAAUGUUCAACAACAGCGGAUAAUUUGGGAUCAAAAAAACAUGAUGAUAUCGCUGAAUGUACAGAAUCAGAACCAAAGGGCAAAAUAUACAAUGAACCAAAUGAGAGAAAAGAAAAUGAAAGAGAAGUGAGGAAAGAGAAUGAAAAAGAAAAGAAAGAAAGUGAAAUUAAUCUUCUGUGGAAAACAGCUUUUCAACAGCGAAUCAUUAGAAUUGAACAGCAGUUAGCAGAAUUACAGAAAAACAUGAUGAAUGAAUAUUUGGAGGGACAUCAAGGAAAAACAGAUGAAGAAGAAAGUGAUAUGAUGCUAGCGGUGGAAAAAUCAUCUGCUAAAGACCUUAAACAGCUGGUCUUUAAAAUUGAUAAUCUGAAGCUCGAAUUAGAGAAAGACCAAAAGGACACAAAAAUAAAACUAUAUGAAUAUUUGGAUGGAAAGCUAGAAGAAAUAAAAAAGGAGCUUUGUGAAAGAAGUGGGAAGUUCAUAAUAAAAGUUGAGGAAGAUGCAAAACUAACUUCAAAAGCUACUUGCUGCAUGUGUCAGUAAAGGUCUACGUCUCCUCCCCUGUGCAUGUGUUACAAUA